GCACUAAUUAAAAAGCCCACACGCGACGCGACACGCCCGGCGAGCCGCGCGAGCGCGACACACACAGAGGAGGAGGCCGCGCGCGCGACGCGAGCUCGCCCUCUGCGUGCGCCGCCGCGAGGUCGCCGCCGCCGCCGCCGCCGUCGAUCGGCGCCCGAUCGAUGGGGGGCUGCUACUCCGCCUACGCCUCCUCGCGCAAGCUGCGCGGCCGCAUCAGCAAGAUCUCCCUCGUCAUCCCCGACCCGGUCCCCGACGCCGAGGCCGCCUCGCCGCGCAAGGACGGCGUCGAUGGCGACGGCGACGACGUGAGGGGUGGUGGUGGUGGCUGUGACGAUGGCGGUGACGUCGUCGCCAUCGCGACGACGACGGCGGACGAGUUCGCGCGGCGGUACGUGCUGGGGAAGGAGCUGGGGCGCGGGGAGUUCGGGGUGACGCGGCGGUGCAGCGACGCGGCGACCGGGGAGGCGCUGGCGUGCAAGACGAUCCGGAAGCACAGGCGCCUGGCGCCGCCGCGGGUGACCGCGGCGAAGGCGGCGGCCGCGCACGGGGAGGACGUGAAGAGGGAGGUGGCCAUCAUGCGGCGCAUGUCGUCGGCGUCGUCGUCGCGCGGGGGCGGCGCCGCGUCGUCCGCCGCCGUGGUGCGGCUCCGCGAGGCAUGCGAGGACGCCGCCGACGGCUCCGUCCACCUCGUCAUGGAGCUCUGCGAGGGCGGCGAGCUGUUCGACCGCAUCGUGGCGCGCGGACACUACUCCGAGCGCGCCGCCGCCAACAUCUUCCGCACCAUCGUCGACGUCGUCCAGCUGUGCCACUCGAACGGGGUGAUACACCGCGAUCUGAAGCCGGAGAACUUCCUGUUCGCGAACAAAUCGGAGGACUCGCCGCUCAAGGUCAUCGACUUCGGCCUCUCGGUGUUCUUCAAGCCAGGCGACCGGUUCACGGAGGUGGUGGGGAGCGCGUACUACAUGGCGCCGGAGGUAUUGCGGCGGAGCUACGGGCCGGAGGUGGACGUGUGGAGCGCCGGCGUCAUCCUCUACAUCCUCCUCUGCGGCGUCCCUCCAUUCUGGGGAGACAACGACGAGAAGAUCGCGCAGGCGAUCCUCCGCGGCGCCAUCGACUUCAACAGGGAGCCAUUGCCGAGGGUCUCCGCCAACGCCAAGGACCUCGUCAGGAGGAUGCUUGAUCCUAACCCAUCCACCCGCCUGACGGCCAAACAAGUUCUUGAGCAUCCAUGGCUGAAGAACGCGGACACGGCGCCGAACGUGUCGCUGGGCGACGCCGUGCGGGCGAGGCUGCAGCAGUUCUCCGCCAUGAACAAGUUCAAGAAGAAGGCUCUCGGAGUGGUGGCGCGGAACCUGCCGGGGGAGGAGGUGGACAAGUACGUGCAGAUGUUCCACCACAUGGACAAGGACAAGAACGGGCACCUGUCGCUCGACGAACUCUUGGAAGGCCUCCACAUCAACGGCCAGCCCGUCCCCGAGCCCGAGAUCAGGAUGCUACUCGAAGCCGCGGACACGGACGGGAACGGGACGCUGGACUGCGACGAGUUCGUGACGGUGUCGGUGCACCUGAAGAAGAUGAGCAACGACGAGUACCUGGCGGCGGCGUUCAACUACUUCGACAAGGACGGCAGCGGGUUCAUCGAGCUGGACGAGCUGCGGGAGGAGGUGGGCCCAAACGAGCAGGCCAUCCUGGAGAUCCUCCGCGACGUCGACACCGACAAGGACGGCCGCAUCAGCUACCAGGAGUUCGAGCUCAUGAUGAAGUCCGGCGCCGACUGGAGGAACGCCUCCAGGCACUUCUCCAGGGCCAACUUCAGCACCCUCAGCAGGAGGCUCUGCAAGGAUACUCUUACUCCCUGAUGAUCGAUGAUGCCCAACAAUCUCAUCAACUUUGUUUCAUCAAGGCUUAUAAACUGCACAUCUUUCACCUUCACCAGACAGGGAUAACUAGAGAGAGAUACAAGACCAACUUAGAGAAAUGUAUUGGAGUGGCAACACGAUGCGAUGCUGCGCUUGGAUUGUGAAAUGAGAAAUGGAACUGAAAUGGGGAUCGUACCGGUUUUGCUACUCUUUCGGUAAAUGGGUAUUUUUGUUUGC